AGAUGUAUACUGAAGAAGCCAGAAAGAUACUCCCACUUCUUAGUUUAGCAACAAAAAUGAGUUGAGCUGAGUUUCCACUGAAGUUAUCUAACCCAAAAUGGUUGACCAGAUAGAAUCAGAAAGCAGCAGAAACAGUUUGGUAUUUGCAGUUAAUGGAGAACGUUUUGAUGUGCCCUCUAUAGAUCCUUCUACUACUUUGCUUGAGUUCUUGCGUUCUCAAACUCGUUUUAAGAGCGUCAAGCUCAGUUGUGGUGAAGGUGGUUGUGGUGCAUGCGUUGUCUUGCUAUCCAAAUAUAAUCCUGAGCUUGACCAAGUCGAUGAUUUCACAGUGAGUUCAUGUCUCACACUACUUUGCAGUGUGAAUGGAUGUUCGAUUACCACAACUGAAGGUUUGGGAAAUAGCAAAGCUGGUUUCCAUGCAAUUCACCAAAGGUUCUCUGGCUUCCAUGCUUCUCAAUGCGGCUUUUGUACUCCUGGGAUGUGUGUGUCACUGUUCUCAGCUCUUGUUAAUGCUGAAAAAACCCAUCGUCCGGAACCCCCUCCAGGAUUUUCCAAGUUGACAGUUUCAGAAGCUGAGAAGGCUAUUGCUGGGAAUCUUUGUCGCUGUACUGGAUAUCGAUCCAUUGUUGAUGCCUGUAAAAGUUUUGCUGCUGAUGUUGAUAUAGAGGAUUUGGGAUUUAACGCGUUUUGGGGAAAACAAGAGAGUAAAGAAGUGAAGAUUAGUCGAUUACCUCUUUGGAAACGUGAUGAUCAGAUUUGUACAUUUCCGGAGUUUCUAAAGAAGGAAAAUAAGUCUGCUGCAUAUUUGGAUUUAAAGAAAGUUUGCUGGCUCAGUCCUGUUAGUAUUUCAGAACUUCAAAUCUUAUUGGCAAAUACUGACAAUAAUCAACACUCAGUUAAAUUGGUUGUUGGCAAUACUGGUAUGGGUUAUUAUAAGGAAGUAGAACCUUUUGAUAAAUACAUAGACAUAAGCCAUAUUCCUGAGCUUUCAAUGAUUAGGAGGGAUCAUACAGGAAUUGAAAUUGGAGCAACUGUGACAAUCUCUAAAGCUAUUGAAGCUCUGAAAGACUAUGAUAAAGGUGAGUUUCACUCUGAAGGAGUGAUGGUGUUUAAAAAAAUUGCUGCCCACAUGGAAAAGAUUUCUACAGGAUUUAUAAGGAAUUCUGCUAGUGUGGGUGGAAAUCUGGUGAUGGCACAGAGAAAUAAUUUUCCAUCGGACAUUUCCACUGUACUUCUUUCUGUGGAUUCGAUAGUUACUGUAAUGACUGGUCAUAAAUGUGAAAAGCUUAGGCUCGAAGAAUUUUUGGAGAGUUCUCCGUUGGAUGCUAAAAGCAUACUUGUAAGUGUUAAAAUCCCACAUUGGGAUCCUUGUAGAAAUAGAACGUCUGAAACCAAAAGCACAUUAUUGUUUGAAACCUAUAGAGCUGCACCUCGACCUCUUGGAAAUGCAUUGUCUCAUUUAAAUGCUGCUUUCUUGGCUGAAGUUUCUCCAUCUAAAAUGUGUGGUGGAAUAAUGAUAAAUAACUGCCAGUUGGCUUUCGGUGCUUAUGGAACUAGACAUGCUAUGAGAGCAAGGACAGUCGAGGCUUUUUUAAUUGGAAAAAUGCUAAACUUAAAUGUUCUAAAUGAAGCUAUAAAGUUAGUUGAAGCCUUUGUGGUGCCUGAAGAUGGUACUUCAAAUCCUGCCUUUAGGUCAAGCCUGGCUGUUGGUUUUCUAUUUCAGUUCCUCGUCUCCUUAGCUGAAACAGAAUCUAAAAUCUGUAGUGACCAAAUGAAUGUAUAUACUGACACUGUGUUGUCGAAAGCUCUGAAAAUAAAACAGACUGAUGACCAAUUUGAUCAAACUGAAUUUCCAACACUCUUAUCGUCUGCAAAUCAGGUUUUGGAGUUAAGUAGGGAAUAUUAUCCAGUUGGUGAGCCGAUCAUAAAAUCUGGGGCUCCUCUACAAGCUUCUGGUGAGGCAGUGUACGUGGAUGACAUCCCUUCUCCGGCAAAUUGCCUCUAUGGAGCAUUUGUUUAUAGCACAAAACCUUUGGCACGAAUAAAGGGUAUAAAAUUUAAAUCUAAGUCAGCAACAUAUGGAGCCACUGCAUUGAUUUCUUACAAAGAAAUUCCAGUAGGUGGGGAGAAUGUUGGUUCUAAGACCAUAUUUGGUACUGAGCCUUUAUUUUCAGAUGAGCUUGCUCACUAUGCCGGUCAGCGUGUUGCUAUUGUGGUUGCAGAUACACAGAAAAAUGCAGAUAGGGCUGCAAAUCUUACAGUGGUUGACUAUGACAUGGAAAAUCUAGAACCACCCAUACUGUCUGUAGAGGAAGCAGUUGAGAGAUCUAGCUUUUUUGAGGUUCCUCCUUUUCUCUCUCCCAAACAGAUUGGUGAUUUAUUGAAAGGAAUGGAUGAAGCAGACCAUAAGAUUCUCUCUGCAGAGAUUAAACUUGGGUCACAAUAUUAUUUCUAUAUGGAGACACAAACUGCCCUUGCUGUGCCAGAUGAAGACAACUGCAUGGUGGUUUACAGUUCAAUUCAGUGCCCUGAGUUUGCACAUGCUACAAUUGCUAGAUGUCUCGGUAUUCCUGAACACAAUGUUCGUGUGAUUACAAGAAGAGUCGGGGGAGGUUUUGGUGGAAAGGCCAUAAAAGCAAUGCCUGUUGCUACAGCAUGUGCAUUUGCUGCACACAAAUUAUGCCGCCCAGUCAGGAUAUAUGUCAAUCGCAAAACUGAUAUGAUAAUGGCAGGAGGAAGGCAUCCCAUGAAAAUAACUUAUAGUGUAGGAUUCAAAGCCAAUGGGAAAAUUACAGCUUUGCAACUUAAUAUAUUAAUCAAUGCAGGAUUCUCUGCAGACAUAAGUCCAGCAAUGCCUAGAAACAUGCUUGGUGCACUAAAAAAAUAUGACUGGGGUGCUUUACAUUUCGAUAUAAAGGUGUGUAGAACUAACCUCCCAAGCAGAUCAGCAAUGCGAGCCCCUGGUGAGGUACAGGCAUCAUUUAUCGCUGAAGCUGUAAUUGAACAUGUAGCUUCUACUCUUUCCAUGGACGUGGAUUCUGUUAGAAAUAUUAAUCUGCACACAUAUAAUAGCCUCAAUUUGUUUUAUGAGGGAAGUGCAGGUGAGUUUAUGGAGUAUACUUUACCUUCAAUCUGGGAUAAGUUGGCUGUAUCUGCAAGCUUCAAACAAAGAAGUGGAAUGAUAAAAGAGUUUAAUAGGUCUAAUUUGUGGCGAAAGAAGGGUAUUUCUCGUGUGCCUAUUUUGCAUGAAGUGACUGUUAGGCCAACUCCGGGGAAAGUAAGCAUUUUAAGUGAUGGGUCUGUUGUCGUGGAAGUUGGAGGGAUUGAGCUGGGCCAGGGACUGUGGACGAAGGCUAAACAAAUGGCUGCGUUUGCUCUCAGUUCUAUCCAGUGUGGUGGAACGAUGGAUUUAUUGGAGAAAGUAAGGGUUGUACAAACUGACACCUUGAGUUUAAUUCAAGGGGGUUUCACUGCUGGGAGUACAACAUCUGAGUCAAGCUGUGAAGCAGUUAGACUCUGUUGCAGUAUCUUGGUUGAGAGACUGAUGCCCAUCAGGGAAGGAUUGCUCCAGCAAAAAAUGUGUUCAAUAAAUUGGGAGACACUGAUUCAACAGGCAUAUGGACAAGCUGUGAACUUAUCUGUAAAUACUCUCUUUGUACCUGAUCUUUCUUCCAUGUCAUACCUAAACUAUGGAGCUGCAGUAAGUGAGGUGGAGGUGAACCUUCUGACUGGAGAAACAACAAUUUUGCGAUCUGAUAUUGUUUAUGACUGUGGACAAAGCCUCAAUCCAGCUGUGGAUUUAGGACAGAUUGAAGGAGCUUUUGUACAAGGAAUUGGUUUUUUCAUGUUCGAGGAAUACCCAACAAAUACAGACGGCUUAGUGGUUUCAGAAGGCACAUGGACUUAUAAGAUUCCUACUGUGGACACCAUACCUAAACAAUUUAACGUUGAAAUAUUGAACAGUGGACAUCACCGGAAUCGUGUGCUCUCUUCAAAAGCAUCUGGUGAGCCACCAUUACUUCUUGCUGUUUCAGUUCAUUGUGCUACAAGAGCAGCCAUUAGAGAAGCGCGACAACAGCUUCAGUCAUGGACUGAGUCUAAUGGAUUUGAUUCAAAAUUCAAUUUGGAGGUUCCUGCCACCAUGCCAGUAGUCAAGGAGCUUUGUGGGUUCGACAAUGUGCAAAUGUACUUGCAAUGGAGAAUUGAUGGAAGAGAAUAAAAGCAAUACAGAGAGCUUGAAUUCCCUUCUCAACAAGGACCAAUAUGAAAAAGAACUUGUUUUUUUAAUGAGGAUCAUGAAUAUUUAUAAUAAGAAAUAAUAAUGAGGAUUGAAAGUCAAAUUGUAUUUAUAUUGUAAAAAUUAUCAGUAAGUAUUAAUUUGGCUGUGCAGUGCAAUAAACUCUUGCUCGCGGAGUA